GGUCUGGUCGCAGUUUGUUCAUAUUGCAGCUAGACGUCGGACGUGGAAUUGACGUUUCUCGUGCGGUUGUGUGUUGUUUCUGGAGCUCUGAGCAAAUCUGGGUCCUGGAGGAGAAGUAAAUAGCUUCCUUUGUGGGUGCUGCUCUGUGGACCUGCAGGUUCCCGAUUGUUUGGUCGAGUUUGGUAAAUGAUGAAAAGUCAAGCUCAAGCAGUGUGAAUAAUUCAGCCAAAUUAUCAAGAAGUUUACGGUGUUGGUGUCUUAACGGGAAAAUCACUAUAGUCGUGUGAUUAUUGCACUGAAUUGGGCUGAACUUUGUUGUAGGUCGAGGGCAUAAAAUGCCCUGCAGGUUCAACUUUGCAGGUGGAUAGGGAAAGUGUUGUGAUUUACUGCUCUAUUUCCUGAUGCAUUUCACUUAUAGUCAAUCGUUCUAUGUGCAAGUGUUCGUGUGUUACUGCUGGUUUUAAAUCGAGAAAAAAGGCAUGUAUUUUAAAGCUGCUAGUGAGAAUAGUGGAUGUGUGAUGAAAUUUGUUUAAUGUUUCUGCAUGAGAGCGAGAAAGAAAAAGUAUUACAGUUGUGAGCAAUCAGUGCCGUGUUCAUAAGCCAGUUCAAAAAGCUAAUUUUUGUUUCAUUUCGCAUGAAUAAUGAAUGUUCAGUCAUGCGAAAGGUCGGAAGUUCUCCAUAACUUGUUCGACAAAUUAGUCAUUUCAGUGCGAUUUGAGUGCAUACGCCGACAAAGCGAAGGCCACACGGUUGGCGCUUAAGCACAGUGGAAAAGUGGCAUGGUGAUGUUCAAUUAGUAUUAUGAUCCGUUGACCUGCUUGUUUAGAAAAGCAUUGAUAGCAGCGUUGGGAGCAGAAUAUUUGUGCUCACCGAAAAAGGUGUUUCCUCGUGGGAAAUGGAUACCGUUCUGUCAUAAACAUGAAGCAUAUCCAAAUAAAUGUCUCUGUGUGUGAGUGUAAACUGCCCUCCACUUCAAAGUGCGAUAGCAUAAAAAGUUGAUCAAUUUCAUUCGUGUAUUGGAAGAAGUGUUGCUUACCGAUUUUCCAAGAAAAAUAUCCACCAAUGUGUGCUUGAAAGUAUAAAUAAGUUCAAAGAUAUGUGAAAAAAAGGAUAAAAUAGAAGCAUAUGGAAGUGUAUUUUUUCUUCUGCAUUUUAAUGUGCAUCUGGAUGUGUAUCUACUGAUUUAAGUCGGUGUACCAUCAUUAACGGAAUAACAAUGUGUGAAUGUUUAUUUAUCGAUGUAUUAUAUUUGUUUACGUUUGGCUAGAAAAAUCAAUUUGUUAUGUAUUAGACGAUUGGAAUAUAAAAUUUGACAACCAAUGAAGUAAAUAUCGGAGAGUUAUUUGACAGAUAUUGAUGUUUCUAGCUUCACAAAGACCGAUCCACGAAUCAGUGCGAAAAACCCGCCUAAAACAUAAAUUUACUUCUCUCUGCUUGGAAGCAAAUAGUUGGUAGUAAAAAGUAAACAAGAAUAAAAACUCGUAAUUAAAGUUCGGUCAUGUGGUUGCGUAUAAACUUCGGGCGGGUGGGAAAAGAAGUAGAACACUGGCAGAAUAACAAAUUUAAAAAUUAAUUUUUUUUUCGUUAGAAGCAAGUCGUACCACACAUUAGAAGUAACAGAAGCGCAUUUUAAUCGGUUUCAGCAUUUCAUCAAGCAAAAUCUCCAUAUUGUAAAUAGUUACCAUCGAUAGACAAAAUCACUACUCACUCGUAAAAUAACCACACCAAUAACAGCCAUCCGUCCGCUUGCAAGCAACCCGAAAAAAAUCGAUUACUGCCCGAUUGGUUCUUGACAGACAGGCUAUUUGAAGAUGCUUUAACAGACACCGCAUUGAGCAGCUCCGACGGACGCCGAUUCGCCAGCGUGCGUGUCUGUAAGCAGGAAAUUCAUGACGAGAAAAUGCUGAAACAGAAACGGAAUAUCAAACCGGUGGAGCCCAUUAUUCUCCAUUCGUGAUAUUUUCAAUGUAAACAAUGGUGUAUAACAGUUUUAUGCGCACCGCACGAAGCUGGAUUGAGGCAAACUUUCAAAAGCGCGAAUGCAUCAAAUUUAUCCCGAACGUUAAGAAUGAGGAAGCAUGCUGUUGCGGCCAGGAGCGACGAACCCACCAGCUGGUGCCGGGUAUCGAGCCGGGGAUCGCGGGCGAUUUGUGGCAGCCACAAAAACAUACCCGACCACAGCCGACCGAUGCUUACGGGACGAUCGAGUUUCAGGGCGGUGCGCAUCCUACGAAAGCACAGUACGUGCGCCUAUCGUACGACACACGGCCAGAGCUGCUGGUUCAGCUCUUUACUCGCGAGUGGAAUCUCGAACUUCCGAAAUUGCUCAUAACCGUACAAGGUGGAAAGGCCAACUUCGAACUGCAACCAAAGCUGAAAAAGGUGCUCCGAAAAGGUCUGCUGAAGGCAGCGAAGACGACCGGCGCUUGGAUAUUCACCGGUGGAACAAACACUGGUGUCACAAAGCAGGUCGGUGAUGCACUUCUGCUGGAAGGACAACAGCGAUCUGGACGCGUCGUCAGCAUUGGCAUUGCUCCCUGGGGAAUUGUGGAGCGAAAUCACGAGUUAUUAGGUCACAACCGGGACGUUCCUUGUCAUAGCAUCAGUUCUCCUCGCUCUAAAUUGGCUGUGUUGAACAAUCGUCACGCGUACUUCCUGCUUGUCGAUAACGGCUCCCAAGGCCGAUACGGUGCAGAACUGAUCCUGCGGCGGAAACUUGAAAAAUUCAUAUCCAAUCAAAAGUUGCAACCUUACAAGGCGCUUUCGACUAUAAUGAAUUUUCAUUACAAAGUCACCCAUUCGAGCACACCCGUAGUCUGCCUGGUGAUUGAGGGCGGCACCAACACGAUUCGAGCAGUGCUAGAAUACGUCACCGAUAGCCCACCGGUGCCAGUAGUGGUUUGCGACGGGUCGGGCCGGGCGGCCGAUUUGAUCGCAUUUGUACAUAAGUAUGCCUCUGAUUCAGGCGAACAGGUUGUGUUAGAAUCGAUGCACGAGUAUUUACUAGGAACGAUACAGAAAACGUUCGAAGUGAGCCCUGAACAGGCCGAGCAACUCUAUCAGGAACUAAUCUUGUGCACUAAGAAUAAAAAUUUGAUAACGGUAUUUCGAAUACAGGAUCGACCAGAAGGCACGGUUCAGGAAUUAGAUCAAACAAUACUGACUGCACUUUUUAAAUCUCAGCACUUGAGUCCUCCGGAGCAGUUAAGUUUGGCGUUAACCUGGAACCGGGUGGAUAUUGCCCGUACGGAAAUAUUCGUUUACGGUCAGGAAUGGCCCCACGGUGCUUUGGAUGAGGCAAUGAUGCAAGCACUGGAGCACGAUCGAAUAGACUUUGUAAAACUAUUGCUGGAGAAUGGAGUUUCGAUGAGAAAGUUCCUAACGAUUCCUCGAUUAGAGGAAUUGUAUAACACAAAACAUGGGCCUGCGAAUACGCUGGGAUAUAUUUUAAGGGACGUUAGGCCUCACAUUCCAAAGGGUUACGUUUAUACCCUGCACGAUAUCGGUCUAGUGAUAAAUAAAUUGAUGGGUGGAGCCUACCGGUCGUACUAUACCCGACGAAAGUUUCGACCAAUAUAUGCUAAGGUUAUGAAUAGCUAUGUCAACACUCACCGAAAGCCGUCAACAUUUGCACGCUCGGCGGGUGUGAACUCGAUGAGUCUGGUUACGGGAUUACUGCCGGUUACAUCGGAUAUGGCCUUAUUUGAGUUCCCGUUUAACGAACUUUUAAUUUGGGCUGUGCUUACGAAACGUCAGCAGAUGGCGUUGCUGAUGUGGACACAUGGGGAAGAAGCGCUCGCGAAAUCCCUCGUAGCUUGUAAACUAUAUAAAGCAAUGGCACACGAAGCGGCUGAUGAUGAUCUAGACACGGAAAUUUACGAAGAACUACGCAGUUACGCCAAAGAGUUUGAGUCCAAAGGUUUAAAAUUGCUGGAUUUCUGUUACCGACAGGAUGCGGAGAGAGCUCAACGGUUGCUUACGUGUGAGCUUCAAUCAUGGUCUAGUCAAAGUUGCUUGUCGUUGGCAGUAGCGGCAAAUCAUCGGUCAAUUCUCGCUCAUCCUUGUAGCCAAAUAAUUCUUGCGGAUCUGUGGAUGGGCGGGCUGAGGACUAGGAAAAACACAAAUCUUAAGGUUAUCUUGGGCCUGUUGGUGCCUCCGUUUGUUAAGAAGCUGGACUUCAAAUCGAAGGAGGAGCUCCAGCAGAUGCCUCAAACCGAAGAAGAACAUCUAGAGAACCAGUGUCUGGACUAUGACGACAACGGAAAGCACAAUCCAGACGCAGAGAAGCCGCAUGAGCUACAAUCUGACAAUGUGCAAUCUGUUGCCGAUCACAGUCUGACACGAUCCGCGCAGGCGCUUUUGUCCGACACGUACUCUAUGAAAGAUACCAAAGUGCAGGAGAACGGAAAAGAGCUACUGUGUCGCUGUCGGUGGUUUUCAUUGGGUGGCUCCAGAAUCCAAAGUGUUGGCCUGACAGGAUGUCUGAAGUCAAAAGUUUCACUGACGGACUCCGAGAACACCCAGUAUAAGGAUUACAUGUAUGACCACGACAUCCGUAAUCAGCGGCCGCUCAAACUUAAGAAAAAGUUUUACGAGUUCUAUACGGCUCCCAUUACUAAAUUUUGGGCGGACUCGAUGGCUUACGUACUCUUUUUGGUGCUAUUCACAUACACAGUGCUGGUACGGAUGGAACCAUAUCCCAGCUGGCAGGAAGCUUACUCGAUAGCAUACAUAACGACACUGGGUUGCGAAAAGAUUCGGGAAAUUGUUUCUUCGGAGCCUGUUGCAAUUUCCCACAAAUUCUCUGUCUGGGCUUGGAAUAUGUGGAACCCAUGUGAUGCGGCGGCUAUUAUCUUCUUCCUAAUCGGGUUAGUUCUCCGGUUGCGACCGUACACGAUGGACAUCGGCCGGGUGAUCUAUUGCGUGGACAGCAUCUACUGGUAUUUGCGUAUUCUGAACAUUCUAGGCGUUAAUAAGUAUUUGGGACCACUGGUGACAAUGAUGGGUAAAAUGGUGAAGAACAUGAUUUAUUUCGUCGUCCUGUUGUUGGUGGUGUUGAUGAGUUUUGGUGUCAGUCGACAGGCGAUUCUGUUCCCGAACAACGAUGCCAGCUGGCGACUGAUCCGAGAAGUGUAUUAUCAGCCUUACUUCAUGUUGUACGGAGAAGUGUUUGCCGACGACAUCGAUCCACCUUGUGGGGAGGACCCUUCGCAGCCUCAAUGUGUGACAGGUCACUGGGUAACGCCUAUUGCUAUGUCGAUGUAUCUUUUGAUUGCCAAUAUCCUGCUCAUCAAUUUGUUGAUUGCGGUUUUCAACAAUAUUUUCAACGAGGUCAAUGCUGUUUCACAUCAGGUUUGGAUGUUCCAACGAUUUACCGUCGUGAUGGAAUAUCAGCAGAAGCCGGUUCUACCACCUCCUCUGAUAGCUUUUUGCCACUUCUAUUCGUUUUUACUUUACUUAAUCCGUAAAGCAAAAGGUCUGCAACAAUCGCGGGACAACGGACUGAAACUGUUUUUGGAGAAAGAAGACCUGGAACGAUUAUAUGACUUUGAGGAGGAAUGUGUCGAAGGCUACUUCCGGGAGCAGGAUGCUCUACUGCAGCAAUCUACCGAAGAACGGAUUCGGAAUACGGACGAGAGGGUAGAGAAUAUGGCCCAAAAGAUUGAAGACAUCAAUCAGAAAGAGAAUCUGCAGACUGUGACCGUUCAGAACAUAGAGUUUCGACUACGCAAAGUAGAGGAAUCCGCGGAUCAGAUUCUCUCGCACCUGGCUGUGAUACACAGGUUUAUGUCUGCCCAUACGCAGAUUCAGGACAAUCUAAUAGGAUCGACUAGUAAUGUUAGUGGAACGGGAGCACUUGUAGCAGGUUCGGGCGGUGUGCUAGUGUUUGACAAUCGUACUAGGACCAUAUCCGAAACUGAUAGCAAUAUUAUUACCGUGAAUCCAAAAAAGAAGAUCAACCGAUCGUUGACGGAAGUACGACCGGAUGCGUACAUUUUCGAUGACGGCAUGCAUUUCGAGGUACGGACUGUACCAGAGGAAAACGAGAGCGAUCGAUCGCCGGAGAAGACAAAUACGUCUUUCCAAGCCUCGCAGGACCGCAAGUUAUCCAUGCGUUCGGAAGAAUCGGACAUGUAUUUGCCGCCGUCGAAGGUUAUAUCCCCUGCGGAAUCGGCUGGUGUUGGCGCGAAUAACGCUGUUAAGCCGAAAGCCCCGUUUUUGAACGUGCGCCAGGAAACCGCCAGCACUGAAAGCAAAGACACUUUGACCCCGCUGGAAAAUUGUGAUGAUCGUACUUUGGUAGGUGAUGAGCUGAUAGAAGACAUUGUCGAUAACAACUACGAAGGGUUGCGCCAACGAUCAGGCGCCAGGCGACGAAACAGCUCAAUAGGUGGAGGAGCCCGGCGAUACUCCGAAAGUGGGUACGAUAUCAACAAGUCACAAUCCAGUCUGCAGCAAGCGAACAUUAUGAAGCGACAGCAAAGUGUAACGCAAUCGGAACCGGAUAGCGGAAAUGAUCAGCCGGUGCAAAGACCUCCUACUCGAGGACGACAGCUGUUACUGCAGAUUCAUGCAGAGUAUACAUCCAUCACGGAUGAGCUGGAAAGUGUGUGCCAUAUGAUCACAUCCCCGACGACUUCUUCACGUGAUGAAAAAACGAAAAACGUUAACGAAAUGAGCAACCCCGAAUUUGCAGCACUUAUCGAGAAAAAACAUCUUAAAGAGUGCGAAGAUAGCGACUAUUUGAUGUUGGAGAAACUACUGCAAACUCGUUGUUCCAUAGACGACAGCGACGAAAUGUUCGAUGACGUUCAUGACGACUUUGGCCACAGAAAAAUGUUGCGCCGAGAAACGGCCAUCGAAUUACCGGUAACUCCAUCGAAGUCCAACAUUGUUUCUCUUGUGGAUGGCGUAACUGGCAAUGAAGAAUAUAGCAUUAAAAAUGAACGGCAGACGGUUUCCAACCGAAACUCACUUCGUGAUUCCAAAAAUUCCCCAGUGUCCUUAUCCAGUCAAAAUUCUCCCCGUAGUUCACAAUAUCUGCAAUCCACAUAUCUCAACCCAUCGUCAUUUGAGGCAUCCCAUCGGUUGUACAAAAAGUCGUGCGAGAGCUUACAGAAGAACUCCAGCACUGAUACGGAAUAUUCGCUACAACCUUACAAAUUCAUCAAGCAAAGCUCAAACGAAACCAACAGUUCAUUCAAUAUUGAUAACUCCUCCAUCACCAACGAUCUUUCGGUAGACGGUGAAACGAGUUUGAACUCAACCGUUAUCGAGCUACUCGCCGGCAUGAACUGUGCUCCGGAAGAUCGUUUGGGUUUCACAAAACGGACGGCUUCACUAGGUAGUGCAACGGCUGCUAAAAACUCCGAUUCCUCGCGGCCAGGUUUCCUGAAAAAACAGUUUAGUAUAGAAAAAGCAGCGGGUUCUGGGAAAGCUUCUUGCUCUACUCCAGAAGGGCUUGAACAAUUUGCGCCCAGCUCAACAAUACCUCCUCCAGCUCAUGGAAGCGGGAAUUCCGGUAAAUCAACAAAAACCACUCGCUUCACAGACAACCUUAGCGUGGUUGGAAGCAAAACUACUAUGGCGUUACUGAAAGAGAGUAGCUCAACUAGCACCGAGGACCCCCAGACUGCACCGUUUAGCCGCGAAACGAUUCCCUGUAUUAGCACGAAUCUUGUGCAAGAUGAAAUCGCUCGGCUAUCGUCGAACAUCAAGAGUAGCACCGAUGAAGAUACGGAUCCGCCGAUCAACGAAACUAUGUGCUGAUUUUAGUUGUACCUUUAGUCGAUAAGGCAUAGUUGAACCCCUUUUAAUCCCACACGCACGCGUCACGGUUUGUCCAGUCCAGAGUUUAGCGUAACUGUACCCCACCAGGUUGAAAAAUAUCCCACGUGUAUAUCGAGCAACCAGAAGUUUAUCACAUCACCGCAACUAGCAGGUACAAGGAUCAAUAUCAUCAUACCGUGAAACGUUUGAAAAAAAAAAUAGAGAGCAGUUUCGAGAAGAGCUAGUAUUCGAAUGUUAGAAUUUUUGAGAUGAAGUUUAUGCAGAGAGUCAGAAAUCAGUGUAUUCGUUCUGAUACAAUUCGAUUGAUCGAUGAUUGUUUUGAAAGAUACUGAACCAAUAUCUCGGUGGUUGUGUUGAGAGGAGCAAAUUCUGUGAAACGCGUGAUUUUAUUUUUAUGCAGCAUUUUUAUUACGCAUUUUAUAUAACUGUUUUUGUUUUAACAUAUUUUAAAAGCUAUUGCGAAUUUGGAAUUUAGAAGUCGAAUAUAACAUAAUAAUACAGUAAUUCCUUAGCACCAUGGCUGAUCAGAGUUACGUUAGGCGACAUCCAUAAGUUACGUAACGCAAAAAAAACAAUGUUUUUUCUACCCCCACCCCCACUAUGUAACAAAUUGUAACGCCAUCACUUUUUUCCUUGAAGGAGCUUAUGACCACUGCUACUAUUAGUUUGAUAUAUUGUUGUAUACUCCGCGUUACAUUAUAUGCACUGUCAUUUCGUUUCGUCAAUAUGGAUGGUCGCCUCAACCUUUGCAUAUCACCCCAAGAAGGUAUGACUUCUUUGAUGAACCCAAGCAGCACACAUUGUUGCAAUGAAGCAAAUGCAACUCUCAACGCAGCACUCAAAGAUUGUAAUAAUUUGCAUCCGUUACUUUUAUUCAACUUGUAAAUAACCGAGAAAGCGCAAGAGGUGGAGCCUAUAUGCAACAAACAGUGUUAUGUGAAAUCAUCAUCUGCAUCGAUAGUCGCUGCAGUACAGGAAGAAAAGAGAGCAGAAACAAAAUUUAGUUUGUUUACCUUUACUCUCAUUACUCUUCGGUGAUGGUGUCGCCAAAAUUCAUGUAACUACAUACAUUAUAAAAACCUCAAAUAAAUCGAAUUUUUUUUCUACUUACGCUUCUGAUAGGUAUGUAAUUCUACCUGCGAUUCAAAAUUUACCGUGCAAAAAAUGUUUUUACUUCGUAAUUAUUCACGUGCCUUUUAUAAAGUGUUGUAAAAGAAAUUUUAUGAUUCAAACUCGCUAAAUUAUAAACAAUGUUUUGAGAAACGAUAGUUCAGAAACCCUUGCUCAGUGGAUAUGCAGUAUUAAUGGUGCGAAAUAUGAAAUAACAAAACCAUAUUUCCAACGAUAAUCAUUUAUCAUUCAUUUAUAUUGAAGAUGGCUGCUUACUGUGUGGUAAUUUUAGCAAAUAUAUGCUUUAACAAGAUGUUGCUAUACAUUUUCAUCACUAGUUUGCUUUCGUAAGAAGAAAACAUUUGUGAAACAAUAAUAUGCAACAUAAUGUGACAUUAACGUUAUUUAAAACCAUUAUGAAAUAUGCAGUUGGAAAAAGAUUGCAGGAAACUGUUGAGCAAUUACUAAUGUUCAGUUUCUCGCACUGUUAAAAAAGUUUUAAAACAACAAAUAGUCAGUAGUCUCAUUUGAAAACAUGUUGCAAGUGCUGCUUGGGAAGUUAUCUACCUUCAUUACUUUAGCAGACCAUAUCUCAUUAGGCGCAAGGACACCUUUUCCAAGAAUACGCAGUCUUCGCUGAAUCAAUGCGCUGCAUUGGCACCGUAAGUGUUUCGAGGUUCGAGGAAUUACAGAAACGACAUAUGUCACCUUUCAGUUUACGUAUUUUUUAAAGGUGAUACCUACUCGGACAGUGUCCAGUGAGUAGGUCAGUUAACGUACUCAAAUCAGCUCUAUUCAUGCUGAGUAGGUUCUGUGUGAUUCUAUUACAUAGUGUAAUGAAUAGUUUAGUUUGUCUUGCUUUGGAAGAAGCCCUCCAGUUGGCAUCAAUCACCAUUGAUUCCCAGCCUCUAAGCUCAGAUUUCGAACAAAAUGAAGAUACCCCACAAAAUGGCUUAACUUAACAACGUUUGUUACGGUUAGUUGUCGUAGGGAUUGAAUAGAAUCCCAUACCAACUUCGUCUGACAUGUCUAUGCUUUUAAUGCAUUGAGGGCUGCUUGACUAUCUGAGAAAAUACAGAUAUUGGCAUACUUAUAUUUCCUAGCCAAGUAAAUAUUCGUGCGUGUUAAAAUACCAUUUAUUUCAGCUUGAAAAACUGUGAACCACUGUCCCCCAGAAUUGAUAUAUUGAUUCCUGGUCCAGUGACUCCUGCGCCUGUAGAUUCACCUAUUUUAAAGCCCUCUGUAUGAAAUAUGACUGGUCGUUCCAGUUGAGCUUAUGGUAGAGCAUUACACCUAUAUGAUAAAAAAAUAUUCUACCUAUUUUGUAAAUGCGCUGGAUAAAUCCCAUCUGGCUUUAAGCAAUCCACUGCCCACUCAAUUCUUGACUUCGUAAAUAUUAUACUGGCUAAUACUUGAGCUUUAACCUUGUCAUGAAUUCAGGUAGGUUGAGCAAUAUAGAAGUCCUGUGCGUUUUCACUAGUUAAUUGAGUCGAGGCUGGAAAGUGUGUAUCCAUCAUGAUACUAAGUGUUUCCUGAGAACCUGUUGUGAACGAACUGACCGUUUUUAUUCUUUAAACGGCCCGUGUGUAAUCUUUAGAGAGGGCUUUAUGGAGUCUAGCUUGCUCACAUGUAAGAUUCCAAUCUCUUCUCUUUAUUUUUCAAAUCCCAUCGGUUGUGUUCUGUUAGACAGCUUUUAUACUCUGUCCAAUUGCCGGUAGUUUUGGCCUUGUUAAAAAGCCUUCACGAUGAUUUUCUGAAUUUUUCAAGAUCGUUGUUCCACCAAGAUACGUUCUUACUAGAAGUUUUCCGUUUCAACGGGCAACUUUCUUCAAAAGCUUCUAUUAUAUUGGCUAGAAAAGAUGAAGAAACAGUUUCAAGUUGCUCGGUGGAAGAGAUGUCGUCCACUGAAGCAGAUUUCUUGUUUAAGAGUGUGGAAUGAUAGCUAUCCCAAUUUGUUUUUCUUGGAAACUUAGUUAAACAUAAUUUGUUUAUGAUCCGAUAAUGAUUGCUCUUUUGACACAAGCCAAUUUUGAAUCAUACCAGAUAAUUUCGAGCUACAAAGCGUUAAGCGUUAAUCUUCUUGUCUUACACUGGUAAUAAAUGUUGGAUAAUUAUCUUGAUUACAAAUGUUUAUGUUAUGUGAAAUUUAUUAAAGUUUAUUAUCUCUACCUAAACCUACAGUAAAACCUGCAGUGACAUAUGCUCGCCGUACUCUAAUAUGGGCGGAUUGGGAUAAAUGGAACCUACAAGAGUUUAUAGUACUUCAGCUUAACUUCAAGGGAAAGUAUUGAAAUCAUGAUUCCACUUGCCCCUUUUUAACUUAUACGUUCUUGAAGUUAUCGAUAAAAUAAGCUGAAAUAUGAUAUAAUUUUAUGAGGAAAAGUCCUGGAGAUGUAUAGUUUGUGGCAAAAAUGUGUGUAUUGUGUGCUCUAACAAUUCUUCUAAACAACACUUUCGGGUAAAAUGCAACUAACAAAAGUUAAGUACAAAAGGCUAAAUUUUAAGCAAGUUCCAUAUAAUAUACUUUAUAACUUUGUACCGAAUGGAGAUAGAAUUUUGGUUUGUUCGACAAAGUUUCCUGAAUAAACCAUUCAUCUAAAAAAAAGUUAGUUUUUUAUAUAUCGUAUAGUAAAAUUUUUAUAAUUUUUCACAAUUUGCGAUUAUUCGGGUCAUUCAUACAAACAAUUGUUCCGAAGACACUAUUAAGCUAGGAUGUGUGUGAAAGGUGCUAUGGAAUUAAGUUCCACUUUUUGUCUUAAUGGACCACUGUGAUUGGAGUCACAAAACUGUCGAAAGUACUCAUUUCUACCUUCGUUGGAGACUUUAGUUAUUGAUUUGCCUGAAGUUAUGGUAGAUUUUUUGAACAUACAAAUUUAUAGUAAAUAUUAUUAUUGAUCAAAAAUCUAAUAUAAACUAAUAUUAUGAUUUCAAUUACGUUCAAAAGUUAUCUAGUAAACAAAAUCGCAUCACUGCUUGAGUAGCGAGAUCGUAUUCAAGAUAUCUUGUAAGCGAACAGGAUUACAUGCAAGAUAACUUGCAUGCGGUUUUCAACCGUUGUGAAGAGUUUGCUUAUUAGACAAAUGUCAAUCUGCUUGUGUGAUUGCCUCUAUUCCGCUACACUAUGCAAAACUUACGAUCACAAUUUGUGUGGCAAAAUCAUGUAAUUCUACCUUCUUCUUUCGUAUUACUCUUACUCACUGUAUUACUGUAUACGAAAUACACUUGUGAAAAACACUCGUUCAUGUAACUUGUUUAUUUCGCUUGGAAAUUGAGUAAAAUAUCGCGAGCUCAAAUAACACAACAGAAGGCUAUGGGCAGCGGGGGCAAGCUCAUCCAUUACCUAUUCCCUCAUAGAAAUUACGUAAUGCAGUAGAAAAAUUUGCUUAAUCAAUAUGCUCGUUGUUGGAGUUGAAGCCUUUCCAGAGAUUUUCGUUACGUAGCUCAGUUCUUACCUGCCCUUUGUACCGCUCAAGCGUAAACCCUCUCCCACGCGUGUUGACUUUUAUGGAUGCCGCUUUACUAGAUAAUUCCGUACAUUUCUUGCAAAAAAAAGUACUUAUGUUGAUAAAAUAACCUCAAUAUUUGUUGUUGUGUAUACACAAACCAAUGAUAAAGCACCGAAUGAUUUUAAAAAUUGAUCGUUUCAAACACUAUUCAAUAAAUGAUGUGUUUGCGAAAUAAGUAAAGAAGCGGUGAGGCCUUCCAAUACCAAUCACUUCUUGGUUGGAUUAUCUUUGAUAAAAAGCAACUUGUCACCGCUUGUCAUAAUCUGUUGCUAUAGACCUUUUUACGUACGAAUGUGUUAGUGCCACUAGUUGAGGAAAAUAUUUACAAAUAGCUGUUUUGUUUGCAAUGCUAUGUUGCAGGAAACAAAAGCAACUCUACACGGGUUUACACGUUUACUAGUGUGUGUAGGUAAAAAGUCACUUAUCUCUAUAAGGAGAAAUGCAGUGGAACGUAAAAAUUAUCCAAACACUUCUUUUACCAUUUGAAGUCUCAACCAAAACUGUUUCGAAACGACCAUUACGGGGACAUAUCACAAAAUAGUUUAAAGAUCAUUCAAAUAGGUAAAGCAAUUUCAAGAAUAUUGCUGAUAUUGGCUAUGGGCGCAAAAAUUUAAGACUCCUACUACCCACAGCGCCAGGUCUUUAAUCAACCUUUUGUGUAGCUACUAGGAACUCAGUCCUGUGUAACUUCAGAUUAGUACUCUUAUGUUCUGUCAACACCCUUACAUAUUUUUUAUUAUUUAAUGACUGUGUCAUUGGUAGUGAAGCACAUUUCGAAGAAUAGGUCUUGCUCUGUUCAAAAUAGUCACAACGCUCUAACGAUCAACUCAAACGCCAGAUAUUGCGAUCAGUAUGAACCAUAUCGAGUGCCAAGCUUGCGUAUAGAGUAGCGAAACAGAUGAAUUAAGAGAAUGACUAUAUUUGUUGUACACUUUUGGAGAUUUUUACGUACUAACCCCGAAAGAAUAGAAAGAGAGUAUGUUGUAUAUAUUUUGUUCUGUUAUAGUAGCGUUAAGGAAGUUCACAUACGUCAAGGAAUAUUGUUCGAUAAUAGAAAGCAUAAUCAGAAUCGAGACAUAUUGGGCGUUACGAAAGCGCAGAUGGAUUGAUAGUUUAUAGUACAAUUCGGAAAUGCAAUGACAGCUGUGUGUGUGUAUUUCCAUUCACAUCAGAGAAAUGAAAACCACGAGCCCAGUCCCGCCGCAGCUAGUUUUGCCAUAAAAGAUGGCAGCGUAACGUUGCGUUACGUUAACCUAAAGUAGUCAAGCGCCUAAACAAAUAACCAAAAUGAUCAAACGGUUUUAAAGCAGCAACUCGAGGUUGUCAGUGAAACUUGAAAUCAAACAAUCUCCAGUCGGAGCUAGUUUUUUUCAUGCCCACGCUAAUGCUUGGAGCCAUAUUUUAGCCACUAUACAAAACUUGAGCUCAAGUUUCUCGCAUACGAAGAAAAAUAUAGUAGUACUUAAAAGGUCGAACCUUUUUAACUUAGUAGAAAACGCUAAUAAAAUCAGAUGUCAUUUGUAGUUUGCCACACUUUUCACCACUUUCGGAAAAUAAUGUUCAAAAACCGCUUUUAAACCCGUAACUCGAAGAGACAAGGUGGACCGCAUUCGCCCUGAACAAUUAAAUAGGUUAAAACUUUUCUCUUUGCUAGUUCAUUUUUACGAACCAAACUUCCAUUCACUUUCUGGAACCAGCUUAGACUUCUAGGUAGAUGAUUCUAACAAAUUGUAAACUUAUCAACGGCAAAAGUGCUGUGUCAACUUUUAUCAAUCAUUAGCAUCUACUCAAACUUGCGUGUAACUAUGUACUGAAAUCAUGUACUGAAUUGAAAAACCCCCUUUAUCGAAUAGUUGAAGCAUUGAUAAUGUAACAAAAGUAAUUAUGACAAUAUUAUUACAUUAAAGCGAAGUAGAAAUUGUUAUCCAGUGGGAGUUGCGUAAUGGUACUUACACACUUUGGUUUAGAAUCACCGAUUUGCAUCUUCAGGUAGCACAGUGUAUAAUUGAAUGAAAAUGAAACAAACAAACUUAACUAGCAGAAGCAGUCCAUCCGACGAUAAGACACAUUUUAUUAGCUUUUCAAAAAAAUGUCCAUCAUUUUGCUUAUAGUAUGAAAUUAUUUCAGAUGCAGGAAUCGGGGGUACCGCUCGUUAAGAGCACAAAGUUGGUAUCUCCAAUUCGAUUUUUCGCAGUUUUACUUAAUCGUAAAUUUUGUACAUUUUUUUGAGAGACGAAAACGAACGGUUGAAAAUAUAUCAAAUUAUGUUUAUUACCAGA